AUGUCUUCGUUUCCGAGCUCCGUAGAACGAACGGUUGCAUCGUCUCUGCUUCUUCUCAACACCACACCUCUCUCUCCCUCGCUUUCAACUCCAAAGUUUCACUCUGAUUAUUCCGGCGAUGCGCUUCUAGAGAGAAGAAGUGGAAGCAAGAGGUUCAGAGAGAUCUCGGUUUCGUACGGUUCUUAUAAAUCUUCGUCUUCCUCGCUCACCGACGACGACGAGGACGACGACGACGAUGACGACGACGACGAUGGCGAUUCCUCGGAGAAAGACAUCAAAUCGGGAAGCGUGUCGUCCUCUGCUGUCACGCGUUACGAUCAGAUGAAGCUCAAGAUUGCGAGGAAGAUUCGGACCAAGGUCGCGUGGACCACGUCGUGCUCCGGCGACCGGAAGCCGAACGUCGGCGAGGCGGAGAAGGUGCUGUCUCCGGCUUCGGUCUCCGGCGAGGCCUCGUCGUGUUUGUCGAGCAGCUCGAGCGGGAUCUCCAGUGAGAGAAGCUUGCGCUACGCUAAGAGAUGCAGAGGCGCGAUUGUGAGUGUGGCCGGAAUCAAUCGCGAGACGGCAGCGGCGGCGAAGCGUCGCGGCGCCGGUUCACCGCACCUGCAUCGGCGCGGCGAAGCUAUACUGAAGCUGCUCUCUUGUUGCGGUGGCUCCUCUGAAGUGAAGAUCCGUCAAAUGCUCGGUGACAGCCCUGACACUAGCAAAGCUCUGCGAAUGUUGUUGAGGGUGGAUGCUGUGAAAAGAUCAGGCUCGGGCGGGCGUUAUGAUCCCUAUGUUUACAUGGAGUAA